CGGUUUUGCAGAGCCAUUGGGACCCCCUCCCUUCCCGGUUCCGAGAGCCACAGCCCCCUGCGCGUGUGGCAGACCCUGGGGACGCCAGGUCACCCUGCGGCCCCGGCCCUCCCGCCGCGCCUCAGGCAUAAUGGUAAUGAAAGCUGCUAUAGAAGACGAUGAUUCAGGAUGGGAACUCAGUCUUCCAGAAAAAAUGGAAAAAAACAAUACAAGCUGGGUGGACAUAACCCAGGAUUUUGAAGAAGCUUGUCGAGAAUUAAAGUUGGGAGAACUGCUUCAUGAUAAGCUAUUUGGUCUUUUUGAAGCCAUGUCUGCUAUUGAAAUGAUGGAUCCCAAGAUGGACGCUGGCAUGAUCGGAAAUCAAGUUAAUCGAAAAGUUCUCAAUUUUGAGCAAGCCAUCAAGGAUGGCACCAUUAAAAUUAAAGACCUAACCUUGCCUGAAUUGAUAGGGAUAAUGGAUACAUGUUUUUGCUGUUUGAUCACAUGGUUAGAAGGCCAUUCCUUGGCACAGACAGUAUUUACGUGCCUUUAUAUUCAUAAUCCAGACUUUAUAGAAGAUCCUGCCAUGAAAGCUUUUGCCCUGGGAAUCCUGAAAAUCUGUGACAUUGCAAGGGAAAAAGUAAAUAAAGCUGCCGUUUUUGAAGAGGAAGAUUUUCAGUCCAUGACUUAUGGAUUUAAAAUGGCUAACAGUGUGACAGAUCUUCGAGUUACAGGCAUGCUAAAGGAUGUAGAAGAUGACAUGCAAAGACGAGUGAAGAGCACUCGAAGUCGACAAGGAGAAGAAAGAGACCCAGAAGUUGAACUAGAACAUCAGCAGUGUUUAGCAGUAUUCAGCAGAGUGAAAUUUACUCGUGUGUUACUGACAGUGCUUAUAGCCUUUACUAAGAAAGAGACCAGCGCUGUUGCAGAAGCUCAAAAAUUGAUGGUUCAAGCAGCAGACCUUCUUUCUGCCAUUCAUCAUUCAUUGCAUCACGGCAUCCAGGCCCAGAAUGAUACCACAAAAGGAGAUCAUCCAAUUAUGAUGGGUUUUGAGCCCCUUGUUAACCAGAGGCUACUCCCACCCACCUUCCCUCGAUAUGCAAAAAUAAUUAAAAGGGAAGAAAUGGUCAACUAUUUUGCAAGAUUAAUAGAUAGAAUAAAAACUGUCUGUGAGGUUGUCAAUUUAACAAAUUUACAUUGUAUCUUGGAUUUUUUCUGUGAAUUUAGUGAACAGUCACCUUGUGUUCUUUCGAGAUCUCUAUUACAAACCACGUUCUUGGUGGAUAACAAGAAGGUCUUUGGAACCCAUCUCAUGCAAGACAUGGUAAAAGAUGCGCUUCGGUCUUUUGUCAGUCCUCCGGUGCUUUCUCCCAAGUGCUGCCUAUAUAAUAAUCACCAGGCUAAGGACUGUAUUGACUCCUUUGUUACUCACUGUGUUCGGCCAUUUUGUAGUCUUAUUCAGAUCCACGGACACAACAGGGCUCGACAGAGAGAUAAACUUGGUCAUAUUCUUGAGGAAUUUGCUACCUUACAGGAUGAGGCAGAGAAGGUUGAUGCAGCACUUCACACUAUGCUGUUGAAACAAGAGCCCCAGAGGCAACACUUGGCCUGUUUAGGCACCUGGGUCCUUUACCACAACCUUCGAAUUAUGAUACAGUAUCUCCUAAGCGGCUUUGAACUGGAACUUUACAGCAUGCAUGAGUACUACUACAUAUACUGGUAUCUCUCUGAAUUUCUGUAUGCCUGGCUGAUGUCAACAUUGAGUCGAGCUGAUGGCUCUCAAAUGGCGGAGGAAAGGAUAAUGGAAGAGCAGCAGAAAGGCCGGAGCAGUAAAAAAACAAAGAAAAAGAAGAAAGUUCGCCCACUGAGCCGAGAGAUCACAAUGAGCCAGGCAUAUCAGAACAUGUGUGCUGGAAUGUUUAAGACCAUGGUAGCAUUUGACAUGGAUGGCAAAGUACGAAAACCCAAGUUUGAGCUUGAUAGUGAGCAAGUUCGAUAUGAACACAGGUUUGCGCCCUUCAACAGCGUAAUGACACCACCCCCAGUGCACUAUCUACAGUUCAAGGAAAUGUCUGACCUCAAUAAAUACAGCCCUCCUCCUCAGUCUCCAGAACUGUACGUGGCAGCUAGUAAGCACUUCCAGCAGGCAAAAAUGAUACUAGAAAAUAUCCCAAACCCAGACCAUGAGGUCACUAGAAUAUUAAAAGUUGCCAAACCCAACUUUGUGGUUAUGAAGUUAUUGGCAGGAGGGCAUAAAAAGGAAUCUAAGGUUCCUCCCGAAUUUGAUUUCUCUGCCCACAAAUAUUUUCCUGUUGUGAAACUUGUUUGAGAGAGACUGAAAAACUGAUCAUAAAGGGGUGGAAUCUAAUUUCAGAUUCCUCUCAGAGCAUAUAUCCAUCAGUCUUACCACAUAACGUGAAGUGAAAUGGAUUUCUUGGGUAACAACUCAUUAUAAGGAAUACUUUUAGUUUGACAGCCUUAUAUGAUACGAAUGAAAACUGCUGUUUUAAAGUGGUUUAUUAUGUUCCAUGGAUGAAACUGGUCUUAUUGAAUGCAUUGAUGAGCGUGAUAUGGUUUUAUUACAGAUUUAAUCAUAAAUCAUUUUUUUAUGAAUGAUGGAGUGAAAAUAGUGUUUGUAAAGGUUAAUAAAUUUCUUGACAAAAA